UACGUGCGUACUCCGUACUGUAGAAAUGAAGCUGUUGAUAGUUCACAUUCACAAUGGACGUUCGUAGUAAAUGCUCACUUAAAUUAGUAGUAUUUGUGUGUAAAAGAAAACUUGAUUGAAUUCGGUUCCAACAUUUAUAUAUCAUUAUGAAGAUUACUUGUGGUGUUGAAAUAACCAAUCGUUGUCAUCCUGGUAUUACUGCUCGCAACAAAAAUAAGCACAGUGUUGCCACAUUAGCACUUUCCCAUAAGUUUAAACAUAAGGAGACUCAUACAGAUAAAGAUGUCUUUCUCAUUGUUUGUACGCACCAGAAUCCCAGGGGAGCAAAGUAUAAAGUGUACAACAAUGUAGAGAAAUUAUUUACUAAAUUCAUUAAUGAUGGAAAAGCAACUUUGCGGUUCAAAGAGCCUCCUCAUGACAUUAUAAUGAGCAAGGCUGAUCCUCUUCAACUGAAAGGAUUUCUUCAUGGUGUUGGUUUGACCAUCGUUGGUCAGGGCACGGGACGCAUCCGUUUAUCCCCGGCUCCGACCAAAGUUGAUCGGCCAAAGCAAAAGCUAUCCAUCAUGAAGCGUUCCGAGUACCCCACAAAGUGUGGCUUUCCUGAAAGUCUUACAUGGUUACAAGUAUCAAACUGUGCAAAGAGAAAGGUUGAUCAACGUAUCCUGCAGCUUCACCAUCUUCAAGUUUUAGACCUAGCACAUAACAAUAUAAGAGAACUGCCUGUUGCCUUGGCAAGCAUUGCGUUGAAGGAGUUGAUUCUUAAUCAUAAUGAACUUUCCUCUUUUCCAAAAGAGCUGGCAACUGGUGCUUUGGGCCAAAAUCUUGAAGUUCUAGACUUAUCAUUCAAUAGGAUCGCAGAAUUAUCACCAUACUUUUGCUUGAUGAAGAAUAUAAGUGUAUUAUCUUUAAAGUGUAAUAGACUUACAAAACUUCCUCGUAAUAUGCAAUGCUUAGAAUCAUUAAGGAUGUUUAGUGCUUCUCAUAAUAAUAUUAAGGUUUUGCCAUUUGGAAUUCGAAAAUUGGAGCUAGACACCUUGGAUUUGUUCCAUAAUCCUUUAGAUACAGAUGUGGUUUUACGUCCUAUAGUAGUGUGGGAUACACCAUCUUUGAUGGAAAGUGCUGCUGCAGCAGUUGUUAAAUAUAAUGUUCCAUACUCAGAGGGUGACCUUCCUUCUAAUUUGGUUGAUUAUAUUGUUGAACAUUGCCCUUGUCCCUGUGGAAAAAGAGUUUUUCAGAAUGUCUCAUCCUGUAUACUUGUUUUGGACUUGUACAAGUUAGCUUCAACUGUGGUGUAUAUUAAUAACACAAGUCGCUUCAAAGUGCCCCUUCAAGUGUAUUUUUGCUCAAAAAAAUGCUGGAGAAAAAUUUCAAAAACGUGUACAAAAUUGGGCCCCUGAGAUGCAAAAUGGUUGAACUUCAAGGAAACUGCAUUACUUUAGUAACCUGAAUGUGAUAUCUACAAAUCAUCCAAUUCUGUCUGCAUGUUUGUCUUCUUUUGGAACUCUGUUGCUUGUAAUUUUUGUCUGCUGUAAAAUAGUUUGACAAUUAUUAUGAAUUUGUAAAAUUGUAUUUGUUUGAAGCAAAAUUAUUGCAUUUAACUUAUUUAGUUUAUUCAUUUGUAAUUAAAAUACCUCCCUUUUAAAUUUUCUCUUCAAAAUUUGAGCAACUCUCGUGGUAUCUGGAAUAUCUUUAAUGAACACAGUUGCCUUGAAUGUAUAAAAAUGCUUUUUCUUCUCAGUCAUUAAAAUGUACUUGAUGAUGAAAAUGCAUGCAUAAAUUGACAUAAAAUGUCAAAUUAAAACACUUUUGAUUUUUCAUAAUUAAGUUUACAAAAUAGACUAAUAAUUUUUACAGCUUUGAAAAUUGAUACUACUUGUCAAAAUUCCUGGUGAUUUUUUCGCAAAACAAAUUGAUAUGUUCUACAAGGUAUUGUUAUGUCUCCCUCUUGUUUGUUAUUUAUUUAUAAUAUAAAACCUUUUUUGAGUCAUUGAUGCUAUUUAGUUAAUACAUAUUUUUCACAGAAAAAUUACGUGGAAGGAAUUGACAAAUAUUAUUUCUAUCAUAUGAGAGUUUUAUUAGUAACAUUCCUUCCGUUAGUUAGGGUGUAAAAAUUAGAUGAAAGCUUUCAUAUGUACAAAUCCAACCACAAAUAAUGACCAUUCAUUUAUGUCACUAUUAUAUUACUUUAAAAAAUUGAUAGAAACAAUGUUGAUGAUGCACAAAAUUGCAAAUUAUUAGUAAUACUGGCGAACAUUUCAAGGUUGUAAGUGUAAGGAUGAGCUUUUGACUUUUGGCUCUGUGUGAAUGUCAUAUGAUCCUUUUUCGACAAGCUCAUGCAUUAAAAAAUUUUUAAUCCUGAAAUUUUUUAAUGUAAUAAUUUGUAAUUAUUGUUCUUCUUUAACCUUGCUUUUAUCAGUUUGUUUUCAGCACAAAUGUAAUGUUUUAUCUCUUUCCAUAUUGUUUGUUUCAGAAUUCAAAGUUGUUUUCAUGACUUUGUUUUGUUAUGCUUGUUCUUUUGGAGUAUAAAUUAUUCAUGUUUUUUUUUUUUCAAUGUUUAUUUGUGUAAAAUAAAUCUUAAUUAUGUGCAUUAUGUGUGCAAAAUUUUUUAAAUGUCCGUUUUCCUUUUCAAAAUGCUAAUUUAUUAUUUUCCUCUUAUGUUCACUGUGUGAAUGUCAAUUUGCAUUACAUUUAAUUAUGAGCGACAGUAUAAACAAUGGAAUUUUCAUUUUUAAAUAUAUCAGUUCAUAUAUGCUUCAGCGCAAUCAACGUUCUCAAGUCUACUGUUCAUUCAUGUAGUGCAAAAUGCUAGAAAAUAUUCAUCUCUGUCUAUGUUACUUUUAACAUGUUUAUCUAAACCAGCAAAACAAAAGGGCUGGCAUUCUUAUUUGCAACAAUAUUUACCGUCUCUAGAAUAAUUAAUAUUCCAUGUUCAGUUUUGCUUUCUUAUUAGCCUCAAUCGGCAGGUAUUCUUGUAUCCCGCAAAUCCUUACUUCAACUCCAGAUAAACUCCCGGUUCGCAAAGAAUACCUUCAACGUGUAAAAAUGGUAAUAUUUUGGAAAGCAGUAGAAACAAGUUCACCAAUUGCAUGCUGGAUAGAGACCCAACAAGAACUCCAGUGGAAAGUGGAGGCAACUGAACCCACAAUUUAGCAGUAAAAUAGCAGAAUGUGAGGAUGUGCGGGUUGCAAGAGUGCUUCUUAAAUGUUACUGUAGUAUAAUCAUACAGAUCCAUAUAUAUCCUCCCCCAUUUUAAAGUUUGACAUAUGGUAAUAAUUAAAGAAUGCUCUAAGUUAUGUAAGCACAAGUCUGAAUACACUUUCUUAUUUUGCCGAAGCUUGUCCCGUUUUGAAGCUGUCUUCCUCACACAAGAUGAAAUCUUCUUGAUUUCCAUCUCCCACUUUAGAAUGAAUGCAUUAUGUAAUUUGAGAAGUUUCAUAACCCGGGAUCAAGGAUGAAUACAAGGGGCGAUUGCCCCUCCCUUGUGGAACUAUGCACCAGUAGUUUUUUCCGAAUUAAGGUCCUAAAAUGAAAGGGUAGACCAUCCUUGAUGUGUUGUUAAGGAAAGGAAUCGUGUUCAAAUGUAGGACACUUUUCAGGAUUUUAAAUUUCAAAACAGAAAUUUUGGGCAAUCUUUGGUGAUUUUAGGAGGAAGAGUAAGAGUUUGAAGGACUCCCCCACCCCUCGGACAUUUUUCAAAAUUUAUGUUUUAAAGACAUGGUUUUAGACACCUCAAUUAGGGUUAUGAGAAGGAAUGGAUUCAGAGACUUUCCUCUGGUAAGUUUUUGAAACUGAAGUACCAAAAAGCGCAAUUUGAGACGACCGUCAAUUGUAAUAGGGAGAGUAGGAUUUGAAACAUUUCCUCGGAAUUAUUACAAAAUUGAAUUUCUAAAAUUCAAUUUUAGAGUACCUCUAUCUAAGGAAAAGAAAAAAGAAUAGGUUGGGGAUGACCAUUGUAAAAUCUCAAUAUUUUAUUUGCUUUACAUUAAAAUAUUGUGAUAGCCCCCCCCCCCCCCCACAAGCAGAUGUAAAUCAGAUACAUCGUAAGAAGCAAGGUAAAAAAAAUGAAAAGAAAUUUGAAUUUUUGGCAUUUUGAAUUCAAAUUAUGUGUUUUGCAAUCACAUUUGUAUGUACACGUGCGCAUGUAUGUAUGCCUGUGCAUGUGUGUCUAUGUGUGUAGGUAAGCGCGUGUGUAAGCAUUCAUGCAUGCAUGUGGGCAGGGGCGGCAUUUCAACAAUUCAUUUGGGGGGGUCGAGUUUUUUAAGUAUGAGUUACCUCAGUUUGGAAUAAAAUACAUAUUGGUUAACAAAAUGGGAUCAUAAAAUGGAUUAAAUAUUUAUAAAAAGAAAAGCCUUUCAAAAGAAUUUAAAUUUUAAUUACUAUAGUUUUAAUUUAUUUAAUUAUAAAUUAUAGCACAAAUAUUUUGAUAUUACAGUUUUUAUCUUUUGAGAAAGUUAAGUUAGAAAACACAUCUCUUAGAUUUUUCUCUUUAAAAUAGCCCAGGUAACCUUGAAAAUUAUGCCAGUCUUCGUUUUUCAUUAUUGAUUAGUAUAGUUCCAAUUCGCAAAACAAUUCUUCUUACUUAGUACUAUAAAUUCUGCUUAUAAUUCAAACAUUUUAUUUCUCCUUUUCAAUUACCUAUCAAUAUAACAUUGAGCUUAAGGUCAACAGUACAGAUAAAUCUUUAUCAUCAUAUCUUGUUUUAAUUUCAUUAGAAACUGAAUCUAUUAUCUAAAACAAAAUAUUAAUUCAAUGUUAUGGCUGUAUAUUAUCAUUUAGAUUUUUGUCGCUUUCUAAAUUUUUUUUUUUUUUGUGCUCUAUUACAAUUAGUCUGCAGUAAGAGUUUUUUAAAGUUUCGCUCUUGGUUAAAAUAUACAUCCAUGCAAAUUUUAUAAACUGUUUUAACUAUAGAUUUAGCUGAAGCUUGGACAGUUGGAAAAUUAAGGUUAGCGGAUUGAAGAUGCUUUGAUAGAGUACAGAUUUUUUUAAAAAAACUCCCCACAAUACAAACAAAGCGAAUAAACGUUAAAACAAAGUUAUACAUGUAAAAAGGCGUCAGCUUUUCCGACAUUGAAAGAGUCGCUUCCAAACAAAUGAAAAUUGACAAGGAGAACUUUUAUUUUGACUCUUGAAGACUAUCUUGUGUUACUCAGAAAUGACAAAGUUAAAGAGCUCCCAGAAAAGGCAUUUGUUGAUGCAAAACUUUUUUCAAAAAAAAAGCGUGUCUUAUGUUAUAAUUUUCUAUGAAUGUAUCUAAAGUAUUUGGUUGCUGAAAUGUGUUUCUAACAAAAGGAAUCGUUGUUCACUCACUAACUAAACAUAUAUUUUAAAUAUGAGCGUAACAACGUAUGCAAAAUACCAAGAAAUCUCUUCUAAAAUCGUGCAGCCACACCACUACAUGGUGUUCUCUCAUUGGAUACAUUAUCAUAACACUGAGCACACAAGUAUGAAAUAUUUCGUUUACAUGAGGAGAUUACUUCUUUAGUUGAAACAAACUGUGAUUCUCCAUCACUUUUUUCUGUUCUGAAAAGGGCUGCAAAUGAUUCACAAUUUUCUAAAUUACAUCCAAAUAGCCAAAAAAUGCUUGUGUAUAAAAAUGUCCCUAGAUUCAUUCACUAUUAUUGAGAAUCAGAGGGCGCUUUUUGUAACAACAAUUUCCUUGUGCAUAUGGUCAAUGAUUUGCGAUUUACGUAAGUUGAAUUUGCCCAUUUCUUAUCAUUCUGUGCAAAAUAUUUGGGGGUGCAACCGCCCCCUCUCGCUCCCCCUAUUUGCCGCCCCUGCAUGUGGGCAGGUGUAUGUGUGUAUGUUGGCGUAUGUGUAGGAUAUGGACGCAACCUGGACACGGUGCUCGCUGGAAGAGAAGCAUCGGGAGGAGCCGGUCAAUGGUUGUGCUGCAGAGAAAGGCGGGCGGAAAAUCAAAAGACAUCUUUCAACAGUCAAAUAAAAACAAUAAGGAAUUCGUAAUUGCUCAAAAAACUAUUGCCCCCUCCUUGAAAAAUUUCUGGAUCCCCCCAUUGCUUGAGAUGGAUCAUUUUUGUUCUAAUGCGAUGACAUUAUAGUGGGAGGGAGCUCAUUUGUGACAUAAGAGCUCUUUUCCAAUCAAACUUUUCUUUAUUUUUCAAAUAAGUUGCAUUGACCAAUGCAUUUCUUUUCUGCUGAGUACUUCGUCUAAUAAUAUCAACUCGUCUAUUUUUAUUUUCUUAACAUUGUAAAUUUUAUUAGUUAUGAAAAACAGGGCCUGUGCUUGGGAUAUCAAAUUGUUAGCCAUUAAAUUAGCCAAAUUUCCAAAGUCUUAGCCAAAGACCAAUUUUAACAAAUCAAUGAACAAAAUAUAAUUUUAGAAAGUAAAAAAUGCAAAUGCUUGUGCUUACCAAUUUUUAGAUGCAGCAUACACUCAUACAUAUACUUGAGAUAAAUAAGAAACUUGUUUGAUGGGAUUUAUUUUCCCGUAGCAAAAUUUUUAUCAAUCGUAUGACAUAAUUUUGAGGAUGUUUUUCUUUUUUUUUUUCCUAUGGAAUAUUUGAAGUAUUUCCUUUUUGCCAAUACUUUCACCAAACCAGAAUUUAUUUCGCCGAAUUUACUUUUUUGUCACAUUUGACUGAGUAGUGAAUUCUUAGCCUGAGACCUAAAAAGUAUGGAUAACCUUAUGGCUGACUGUAAAAGUUUUAAGGGUAAUCUGUGGAACUAAUUCUUGCAUAGUUCAAUCCAAUCUUGUCAUCAGCAAUCAUUAUGUAAGUAUGCUUUUCGGCAUCCAAUACGAGAUGGUUGGAAAAUAAUAAUAGUCAGUAGUAUGAACUGUCAUUUAAAUAAAAAUAAACAAAUAUAUAAAAUAAGAAAGUGCAUCAGAAUUUUUUGGUAGGAAAAUCAACAUAAAUUAAGGUUUCUGUAGAAUAGGGGUACAUUGGCACUUUUAUAUCUUAGACUUUAGCUAAAAUGGAAAAAAAUGAACUUUUGAAAAUAUUUUGUGGUAAAAAAGACACAUUACUGGUAAAUUUAUAGAAAUCUUUCUACUUUUAAAAUUUGAAAGAUGCUGAAAAAUGAUGUAACUGUUUUUAAUUUAGUAUUUUUAUUUUAAUGCCUAAGUCCAUGGAUUGUGACAUAAUAUUAUUUGCUGAUUCUAUUUGAUUUAGUUCAAAAAAAUUCUUUCAAAACACAUUAUCUACAUUGUAAUACAAUGGAACUCAGUUCUUAAGGUACUGUAAUCUGCACCGAGUGACACCCAGUGCAAUUUGUCGAUGAAAAAUAGAUAACUGUCAAUUGUGUAGACAAUUUCUUCCAUCACAUUUUGUAUUGGGAAUGUAAUUCACAUUUUAAUGUAUUGAGCACUAUAUAUUUCAUUUUUCAAAAUUUGUUUUAUCAUACUUCUGUCUGAAUUACAGCUUUUGAAAUUAUACCUAGUUAUUACUUGUUUGAUCACAAUUUAUCUUUUUGGAUGGCAAGAUUGUCUGAAACCAGGGGUUCAUAACUGCUUUUUCUUUCCUGGAGCAUUUUCAAAAAUGUAGAAUAAUGAAAUUCAUGAUGUGUUUGUGUAGCAGACCUGUUUUCUUAAAAAAAAAAAUAAUAAUAAUAAUAAUAUACUAUGUAUGAAGCAUUCAUAAUCUUACUGAAGUUUUGAUAAAAUUUAUGUAAAAGAAUAUUUAAUAGGGGCAUUAUGACCUGUCCCUCCAUGAAGCUCUAAAUCAUAUAUUUAUAUUCAUAUAUAUAUAU